GCGGUAGCGCUACCGACCGGCCGGGCGGUCGGUACCGACCGGCGUUGGAGCCGCGCGCGGUCGGUACCGACUGGUCGGUACCGACCCGGCCGGUCGGUACCGACCCCGCGUCCGGUCGGCUGCCACGCGGCGCUCUGUGAUUGGCCAACGGCUGCCACGUCAGCGCCACGUCAGCUAGCCGUUGCAAUUAGCCGUUUUUGACCGUUUGGACUCCAAAAAAUUCGAAAAAAAUUCCAAAAAAUCACAAAUUUCGUCCCCAACUCAUCUAUAAAUAGAGAGGGCUGGUUGGAGCUCAUUCCACACCUCUCACUCCCCAUUUCACCCACUUCCUCUCUCAAAUUCUUCCACCAUGGCAAACUGGAGUCCAAAUAUGCAGUCAUACUUCGACCUGCUCAACGCCGACCCCGAGCGUUCGACUACCCAUACGCCGGGUACCAAUGCUUCCGAGGAGGAGUUCGACUACUCGCCGCUCCAUCGCCGCUCGGAGACUGCUCCACCCUCGCAACCCCGAGCGCUGUUUCCUCCAGCUCCCGGCGCUUUCGUAGGUGCUCCUCCGCCGUAUCCGUACCCAUCGUAUCCCUACCCACCGUACCCAUAUCCUCCAGCUCCCGCCACUUCCAGAGUCGCUCCCCCACCGUAUCCAUAUCCUGCUCCCAUGACCGAUGCUCCUCCGCCAUAUCCCUACCCUCCAUAUCCGUACCCUCCAUAUCCCUACCCUCCGCCUCCCACAUUCACGACAUCUGCUCCUCACGGUCAUGCUGGAGGUGCUGCCUCCGCUGGCUCGGAGAAUGAAGGCGGGGGUACGACCGCACCAUGUCGUCCAGCCAUUCCCAAAAAGAGGAAUGAGUGGACGCCCGCAGACGAGGAGAAACUGGUUAAUGCUUGGUUGAUGCACUCGGUCGAUUGCGUGGACGGAAACAGCAAGAGCGGCCCAACCUUUUGGGGCCAAAUAAGCGACACCUACAACGCCACCACUGACCCACUCCGACACCGCACCGCCAAGCAACUGAAGGAUCAUUGGUCCAUGUACAAUGCACGGGUCUCCUUGUUCAAUGCAAUAUACAACCAAGAAGUGUCGAAGCGGCAAAGUGGAGCCGACGACGACAUGGUGAUGGACGAAGCCAAAGCAAGGUAUGCACGAAGGGCUGGCCAUGAGUUUAAGCUUUUUCAUUGGUGGGAAGCUGUCCGUCACCAGCCGAAAUGGUCAGUGAAGCAUGGUGGUGGGCCGAAUAUAGACGUGUCGAAGAGAUCACGUCUCGGAACUUCCGGUGAGUAUAGCUCCGGCUCUCGGGAGACCGACGAGGAGGUGAACCGUCCCCCGGGUCGUGAUAGAUCGAAGGCGGCUGCGCGGAAGGGUAAGGGGAAGGUAGGCUCAAGCAGCCAUACUUCUACUGAUUCCGCAGAGAUGGGCGAAAAGUUGGAAGAUCUUUGCAAGAUCACCCACGAGUACGCUCAAGCAAAACUGUGGAAGCAGUGGAACAUACUCAGUUCACGCUCGACGGACGGUAUGACGGAUGCUCAGAAGAAGGUUCAUGACCGAGCGUUAAAACGUCUGCAACAACAGCUUCACCUCAACGACGACGACGAGUAGAUUUAUGUAAUUUUUAUAUUUUUAUGUAAUUUUCUUUAUUUUAAAUUGUCGUGUAAUUUUUAUUUCGAAUUUUUAUGUAAUUUCUAAAUUUUUAAAUUUAAUAAAGUAGUUUUGUUGUGUCAAUUUAAAUCAUAGAGCAACGCGUUCUGAAAUGGUUAAGUCUGGAAUGGAGAAACUGACGUGGCGCUGAUGUGGCUGUGGGCUGAGGCUGCAGGCUGACUGAUGGAGCGCUGGGGUCGAGUGGGCUGGCGAGAGCUGACGUGGCGCUGACGUGGCUGUGGCUGUGGGCUGGGGCUACAGACCCGCUGUUGGAACCAGCC